GUUUCACAACGAAUUCUCUGAGCACUUGCCAAUGCCGGCAUUACUUUUUAGAUUUUUUUUAAAUCUCUCCUGAAACACAGCUCUCAGAAAUGGCGGAAGACCCCUCUACGGCGUCGUCUCGAUCUCAACCUCCGUCUUCUUCUUCUGCGCAGAAAUCUCCCUCCGAAGACAUUCUCCCGCAAUCGCAGGUUCCAAUAUUCUCCAAUUUUCCAGCUUUCCCAAAUGGUGAUUUUCAGAUGUUCCCAGUCAUGUACCCUGCACUUGUUCCAGGCUUAAAUAAUUUACAAAAUCAAGAACAGAUAAAUCGUGGAUCAGGCAUUUAUGCUGUUCCCGUUUUUUCAUGUAUGGGGCAUGUUACAGGACUUCCAUCUAACACUCUUGUUCCUCUUACAUACAAUAUACCCACUAGACAAAGUCCUGAGGCUGGGUCUGUGGGUGAAGAGCGUGGGCAAGCGGGCCAACAGCAGCAACAACCUGCACCUCAAAGACAAGUCGUUGUAAGGAGAUUUCAAAUUGCUUUUCAGCUUGAUUUGUUGCUUAUUCUAAAGCUGGCUGCAGUAAUCUUUUUGUUCAACCAAGAUGGUUCAAGACAGAGGCUUGUUGUCCUUGUAUUUUUUGCUUCACUUGUCUACUUGUACCAAACUGGAGCACUCACACCAAUAGUACGAUGGCUUUCACAAGGCAUGCAGAGGGCAGCUGCGCCUCCACCAAGACCUGCUGUCGGGGCUGAGAAUGUUCCUCCUGCUGCAAGACAGGGAGUUGAGAAUGCUGCUGUAGCAGAAGGUCAACCAGGAGCUCAGGUGGAGAAUCAGGCUGGGGAUGGCGGAAAUCAGGCAGUUGAGAAUGAGAAUGUGGCAGAAGCUGGUGGAGGCAAUGGUGGUGCUAAUCACUGGUGGGGAAUCGUGAAGGAGAUCCAGAUGAUUGUCUUUGGUUUUAUUACUUCCCUUCUCCCUGGCUUUCACAACAUAGAUUAGAUCAGACUUUGCAGGCGAGCAACCCUCCAUAAUGAAUUCAGAAGCUGGUAAAAUGUUUCUUAGUUUUUCAAAUAAAUGUAAAGUAUUUAAAGUAUUUAUUAUCCCCAUAAUUACAACUUGAAGCAUACUGUUGUAUGGUAUAUGAAUUAUGAUGUAGUGGCUUUUAGUUAUGGGUUUU